CUUGUUUGAAGCUCCUCCCCUGGGGUGUAGAACAGGAAGAGGUGGAGGUCAGAGGGAGCUGCUGGAGCUCCUUUUGUGUGUGUGUGUGUGUGUGUGUAGUUACCGUUACCAUUUUACUAUGUGUGUGUCUUAUAUUACAGCAAUGCUGCACAUCAGCGGCCAGAGAGAGGGGAGAGGGGAGGAAAAGCCUGUUUACACAGACUGCAAACCGCCUGGGGAAUAAUGCAGGAAAGGAAGUGAGCCGGCUCUCUGUCUGACUGCUCCAACUUCCUGCUCUCACACACACAUACACACCAACCAAGAAAAAAAAAAAAAAAAGAAAGAAAGAAAAAAACCAGGAUCUCAUUACAAGAGCAACAGAGCGCUUGCAGAAGACUGUCAGCAUGGAAAACCAGGGGAUUUUACCCAGCUUCCUUUAAACUACAAGGAGAGAUUGGAAAAGUCCACCAGGCUCUGGUGCUGGUGUAGUCAUCUGUAGUUGGCUAACAUCCUCCAUCCGAGAUGUUUCCAAGUGUGUCCUGUUGAUGAAGUCCUCACACUCCUGGAUGCUACACUGAUGAGGUAUGGAGAGUGCAAUCACACUGUGGCAGUUCCUAUUGCAAUUGCUGCUGGAUCAGAAACAUGAGCACCUGAUCUGUUGGACAUCUAACGAUGGGGAAUUCAAGCUACUCAAAGCAGAAGAGGUGGCCAAGCUAUGGGGACUCAGAAAAAACAAAACUAAUAUGAAUUAUGACAAGCUGAGCAGAGCACUCCGAUACUAUUAUGACAAGAACAUCAUCAAGAAAGUGAUUGGACAGAAGUUUGUGUAUAAGUUUGUCUCCUUUCCUGAGAUUUUGAAAAUGGAUCCUCAUGCCGUGGAAAUCAGCAGAGAGAACCUCUUGCUGCAGGACAGUGAGUGUAAGAUGCUUUCCGAGGGCAGAGACCAGCACAAGCACAAUGUGUCAGCUCUGAAAAGCACAAGCCGUAAUGAAUAUAUCCAUUCUGGUCUGUACUCUUCUUUCACCAUCAACUCCCUGCAGAACCAGCCAGACACUCACAAGCCAAUUAAAACAGAAAAACUGGAGGAGAAGUCGGAGGGAAACAUACCAGUGGAAGAAGUCAGGACUGUUAUAAGAUUUGUGACAAACAAAACAGACAAGCAAGUGAUGAGGCCCAUUGUGUCAUUGCCAUCGACGUCCGAAGCAGCAGCUGGCUCUGCUUUUCUCGCCUCUUCAGUGUCAGCUAAAAUAUCUUCUUUAAUGUUGCCUACCACAGCCAGCAUUUCAUCUACUACUUCUCCGUCUUCAUCACGGUCCCCAUCUCUGUCUCCUCACUCACCCCUCCCUUCAGAUCACAGGAACCUCUUUCUUGAGUCCAGUUGCCAUGACUCAGAUUCUCUUGAGCCUCUGAACCUCUCUUCAGGUUCCAAGACAAAAUUUCCAUCUCUUCCCCCAAAGGCUAAAAAACCCAAAGGCUUGGAAAUCUCAGCACCGCCCAUGGUUCUUUCCAGCACUGAUAUUGGUUCCAUCGCCCUCAACAGCCCAGCACUUCCUUCGGGAUCCCUGACUCCAGCUUUCUUUACUGCACAGACCCCAAAUGGAUUACUGUUGACCCCAAGUCCACUGCUGUCUAGCAUUCACUUUUGGAGCAGCCUUAGUCCUGUAGCUCCUUUGAGUCCUGCCAGGCUGCAAGGACCAAACACCUUGUUCCAGUUUCCAACUCUGCUAAAUGGUCACAUACCAGUACCAAUCCCCAGUUUGGAUGGGGCCUCUUCUCCAGUACUGCUUUCUCCAAAUGCUCAGAAAUCCUGAUGAUGUCUUAUCACGUUAAGGACUCAUUAACUGAUUUUAAUACAUUCAUUCCCAUGGGUUAGUUUUUCCUGUGUCAUGAGAAGGACAUUGUGAAACCCUCCAUUUCUUUGGUUUGCACUUUUCAUUACAUGGAUCUACUUUUAUUAUGUUAGCAUUUUUAAACUGUGUUUUUAUAUAUAUAUAAAAUCUGUUUUGCAUUAAGUGAAUUAUAAUUUUGUUUAUCAUAGCUCUCAAGUGUUGAACACUGUUGUUGAUGAAGUACUUUUCUUAAUGGAUUUCAACAAUGUAUCUAAUAAGGAUGUGAAGCUUUUUUUAUCCCUUUUUUCUGCAUAUUAUGCAUUGUGCUUGUGUAAAGUAUAACCGGCUGUGCCUUCUUUUGCAUAAUGUUAUGCAAAUGAUUUAUAUAUUUUCUAGUAUUAAGAUAAAGGUUGAAAGACAAAACUAGUAUUGAACAGCCCUAUGGUAGUAUUUCAGUAUUUUUUCCACAGAUAGGCCAUAAUGAUGCAGUGUAUUCAUGUAACUUUGUAUUAAGUGCUUCCAAAUUGUAUAAAAAAUAGCUGUAUGAUUUUUCUUUGCUGAAUUGAAAGAACAUAAUAAAUGUUAUGUCCAGGAAAUGCA